GCGACUAAAAAAAGACCGUCGUCCUACCACCAGAAAUAUAUAUAUACGGAGUCACGGAGAAAUUAAUUAAAUAAUGAAACACACGUAAAUAAUAUAGCCUUUUUAUUGCGGAAAUGGGGACCAUGGUGGUACAAAGGUGUUGGCUAUCAUCUGUACGCUGGGAAAGCCGCCGCCGUCACCAAUUAGCCUGCUCAUGCUCCGGCAGCCGGAAGUCUUCUUUCUUAGUUUGGAGGAGAAGUCGCAGUGGUGUGGGACUGGGAUGUAGUCCUUCAUUGAAGUCGAGCUGCUGCAGUACUGCAACCAGUUGGAGCGGUGGUAGCAGCUGUUCGCCGGAGAAGCUGGGAGAUGUUGAAGAAGAAGAAGAAGAAGGGGAGGUGUUGGUAAGGGCGUUGAGGGAGGCGGAGCCCAACAUUGCGGCGCUGAGGGGGUGCACUUUUGUUGUUGUCAUUUCUGCGGAGGUCGCCGACAGUCUUCAUCUAUCUUCCUUACUUGAGUUGUGGACGAAGAAACAACGAACAUGGGAUGGGAUAGAGAAAGAAUGAAGUUCACAACAAGGUUCCAGGAAGAAGAAAUGCACGAAUGAAGUUUGUGGGUUGGGAGGAAGAAGACCGACCUGGAAAGGGGAAGCUGGGAAAGGAAAGAAAAAGAGCAAAAAAAAAUGAAAAGAAAAAAUUGACGGGGCAUUCCACGUGUGCACUGCGUCAGACCACGUGUGCACCACGUCGAUCAGUAACAUGCUGAUCAGGCUAGUUACCUACUAAAUGACGGUUUUGAUAAAAAUUACUCCCUACAAAGUAGGAGGUUAUAAAUGAAGAAAUUUAAAGUACGAUGACAUAAUUGACUUUCCGUACAAAGUGGGGGGCGAUUUGAAACAUUUCUCUAAAAAUAAUUUAGUCUUUUUUCUUGAAUUACAAUAUUAUCAUAUUGUUUUUAUAAUAUUUAUCCACGCACAUUUGUUUUACACUAUACUCAUUUUAGUAUAACACAAAACACAUAUUAGUAAUAACGCACAAUAUGUAAUAAAAUAAAUAUUCAUCUUAAAAUUAAAAAUAGAUAAACAAAACAUUAACACCUAAAACAAAUUAAAAAACUUAAGUUAGAAUGUUGAUCGGGGAAAAGAAUAAAAACAAACUAAAACCUAAAAUAAGGGGUAUUUUAUAUAAUACAUUUUCAUCAUAAUAAUUGAAUAAAAAUAAAAAAUAAAUUAAAAGAUUGUCAAAGAAAAAAAUAGAGUAAAAAAUACAGCAACGAAAGAAGACAAGGAUAAAGACAGAAAUAAAAGUGAAACUAGUAAGCCGGAAACAAAGAAAGAAGGUAAACUAACGAGCGGGAAACAUGGCGACGGAAAAGAACCAGGAUAUUUCUCUCCUUCAUGAAUUUGGAGUCAAAUUCGUUCUUGUGCCAGGGACCCAUGUGCAGAUCAACAAGCUUCUAUCUAAGCGUGGAAGUGAACCUAAGUAUGUAGGUCACUACAGAAUCACAGACACUGAUUCCCUAGAGGCUGCAAUGGAUGCUGCUGCAAGAAUUCGUAUACUGUUAGAGGCAAAAUUAUCACCUGGACCUCCCCUGAGUCUUAUCCGCCGACAUGGAGACAGUAAUCGCUGGCAUGCCGGUGUCAGAGUCGCCAGUGGUAAUUUUCUAGCAGCUAAGAGAAGGGGAGUUGUUGAGGGAAUCGAUUAUGGGUCUACCGGGGAAGUGAAAAAGAUUGAUGUCUCUCAAAUACGCGAGAAACUUGAUCAAGGAUCUAUUGUUAUAAUUAGCAAUGUUGGCUAUUCAAGUUCAGGACAUGUUUUGAAUUGCAACACAUAUGAAGUUGCUACAGCCUGCGCAUUGGCCCUCAGAGCAGACAAAGUCAUUUUCAUUCUUGAUGGUCCAAUAUUAGAUGAAUCUGGACGUCUUAUUCGUUUCUUAACAGUUCAGGAUGCUGAUUUGUUGGUCCGCAGAAGAGCUUAUCAAAGUGAAACAGCUGCAACUUAUGUGAAAGCUGUGAGUCAUGAAGACUUGCCUCUGGGCUAUCAAGUUUCUAAUGGAUUAGUUUUUUCUCAUAACAGAAAUGGAUAUAGAGAUAGAUAUAACCCCACAUUCCACAAUGGAGUUGGCUUUGACAAUGGGAAUGAGCCUUGGUCUGGUGAACAAGUUUCUGGAAUUGGAGGGCAAGAGAGGCUAAAUCGGUAUCAUGGUUACCUAUCAGAGUUAGCCACAGCAGCUUUUGUUUGCAGUGGAGGUGUUCAAAGGGUUCAUUUGUUAGAUGGAACCAUCGAUGGAGUUUUAUUGAAGGAGUUGUUUCAAAGGGAUGGCUUUGGUACAAUGGUGGCUAGUGACCUUUAUGAAGGAAUUCGAAUGGCAAGGGCAUUGGAUAUACCAGGAAUAAAACAAUUAUUGCAACCUUUAGAAGAAUAUGGAACAUUGGUUUGGAGGACAGAGGAAGAGCUUAUUGUGGCAUUGGAUUCGUUCAUUGUUGUGGAAAGAGAGGGCCAAAUUAUAGCUUGUGCUUCUCUAUUUGCAUACUUGAAAGAAAAAUGCGGAGAGGUUGCUUUUAUUGCUGUUUCUCCUAAAUACCGUGGCCAAGGGCAGGGAGACAAACUACUUGAUUUUAUUGAAAAGAAGGCAUCUUCCCUUGGCAUACAAAUGCUUUUUCUUCUUACAACUCAUACAGAGGACUGGUUUGUAAGACACGGCUUUUCAGAAUGCGGCGUCGGUCAGAUACCAGUGGAGGGAAGGAAAAGAAUCAAUAUUUUGCCCGGGUUGAAAUAUUACAUGAAGAGGUUACUGCCUGAUAGAAGCGGUAUUCGGUUUGACAAUGUGUCAUUGGCAUGAGAAGAGCAACAUUACAGGCUGUUUGGUGCCCCGUGGCUGUAUAUUAAUUGAUUGAAUGAGAUAAUAAGCUGCUUGUAGCAGUGUGGCUGCAACUCUAGGUGUAAGAGCUGCUGAAUCAAUAUGGCUGUGCAAACUGCAGGAGAAUAAGUGUAUAAACAUCAACAUCAUGUAUACUGUGUUUCCUAAAAUCCUGUUCAGAAGUUGGUUGACGUGUCAACUUCUUAUCUAUAAAAAUGGUCAUGUAUAUGUUGUUCAAGUGUUACAUGUUUAGAAUAACGUACGGAGUGUAUGCUUGGUCAGUGGCAUGCCCGGCCUUGAUAUAUCUAAGGAUUCUAAGCCCCUAACAUUCAAUCUUUCUCUUGUAGUU